AGGACGGUGAGUAAAACUUUAUUUAUGUCACUUACUUCGUGUAAAUGCUACUUUUCCCGGUGAAAUAACGCACGCUGUUGUGUGUGUAUGGAGGAUUUCGGCGGGGGGAGACAGCUAAUGAUAACUUAAAGUCUGACGCCGCCAUUACACCACCGAAGAAGCAUAUCCCGCCCUCCUUCUUCGGUCGUUUCUUCUUCUUCUCCUUGGUACUACAAACAGCCAUGGAGAGUUCUUCGGUGUACAUGUGCUUCCCCUGCUACCAGGAGUUUAACACACUGGAGGAGGUACUGGAGCACCAGUUGACAUGCACUGCUGAGGAUGAACAGCCAGAUACAUCUGGAGCCACCCCCAUCACUGUUCCACUUCCAGUGCUACAGACCCGGCAACAGGUCAUAAAUAUAUCCCGGACACUUGCACUCCCACAGAUCCAAGUCCAGGAAGCACUGCCCUCUUUUCAACCUGUAAAGAAUGUACUCAAGCAAGCUGCAGUCAGUGCAAAUUUGACAUCAGACCAGCCCAGAAUCCUUUACCAGUGUGGGGACUGUGAUGAACUUUUCAAGACCUUGGACCUUUGGCAGCAGCACCGCAAAGAAGGGGCAUGUCAGCAGUCAGCUGCUGGGAGCAAUCCAAAACCUGAUUCACAACCUGAGCUGGAGCCCGCAGCAUCUGAGAGCACAGAUUUAACUCUUUAUCCAGAAGAAUCUUCUCUCUUGCAGAGUGAAGAAAGUCAAAAUGUUAAGCCAGAACCAGAUGAGCAACCCUUUGCAGAGGAAGAGGGGCAGCAAGAUGAGGAUACCACUCCUCCCUCAGCUCAGAGCUCUGAUCCACCUGUUUCUGAGGUGGCUGCUUCAGCCUCCAAUCCAGAGGAGUCUUCUCCGAAGAGGAGGGGGGCUAACAAAAAGCCAAAGCCUGAACCCGUGCUCUUGUGUGUGGACUGCGGCUCCUGCUUUGGCCUGGUCUCUGAGCUCGUGGCCCACCGUAGGACCCAACACGGCUUUGAGGAAGCUCUGCACCGCUGCUCUGUGUGUGGGGAAAGCUUCCUAAACACCACGCUUUUUCUCUAUCACCGUAAGCAACACAAGCAGAAAGGCGAGGAAAAGGUAGUCGUGGUUUCUGAGGGAGUAACAGAGGAAGUUUGUAGUCGGACCAACGGGACGGAGCAGCAGGAGCAGAACAUGGCUCAAAUCAUCAUUGGUGUCACUUCCAGUUUCGCACCGCCAGAGUUGUUCAUGUGCACCAAGUGUGGGGAGAGCUUCAGUGAUGAGGGAGGGCUGGCCGUCCAUCGCCAGCAGAAGCACGACCUGAAGGAGCCACUUCACAGUUGCCUCCAGUGUGGAGAAAGCUUCAUGAACACCACCCAGUAUUUGUACCAUCGCCGGCAGCAUAGCUUCACAUUGGGGACUGAGGUGGAAGCUGGAACUCAAACUGGUGAUGAAAUCACUAUCAAAACUCCAGGUACCCCAAAGCGGCUGCUUUCCCCUGGUUCUGCAAAUGAAUCAGGUUCCCCCCUCUCUAAGAGGAGCAGGCCAACUUUCAGGAUUGUGAGCGGUACAAAUGUGUUCAAAGGAAACAAGAGUGCAGGCUCCAAAGAGGAAUUAGAGGGCAGCAGUGCUGCAGACUCAGACAACACCAACCACCCUCCACCUGCCAAGCUCCUGCAAGACUGGGCCCGCACACCACUUCCCCACGUUUGCCCCUACUGUGGCAAAACCUUCACCCGGCGCGUCUUCCUCCGCACUCAUGUCUUCAGCCACACGGGAGAGAAGCUCUUUACAUGCAAGGUUUGCACAAAGUCUUUUGCCAACUCCCAGAGCCUGCUGCGCCAUAGCAUGAGCCACACCGGCAACAAGCCCUACAGCUGUCAUGUUUGUGGCAAAAACUUCUCCCAGGCAGCCACCUUGAAGAGACACCAACGCAUUCACGCAUCGACACUGCCACGCCGCAAGCGUGGACGCAAACCGGUGUGCACCUUGGACAAUGAGGGAGCUGCUCAUCUCUUCUCUUGUCCUAACUGCCCAUCAAAAUUCAACACAGAGGAUCAGCUUAACCAUCACAAACUCCUGCACACGAGCCAUCCAUUCCCUUGCCCUGAAUGUGGAGAAGCAUUCAAACGCAGGAAAGACCUGGACCUGCACUCUUUAACUCAUCAAGACAAGCAACCAGCGAUGUGCCCUCACUGUUCAUCCCAGUUUGUGAACCAGUCCGUGCUGGAGAUCCACAUGCAGCGUUGCCCCACCACAGAAGAGGAGAAGAACACUGGUCGUGGACGGGGUCAGGGACGGGGACGAUGCACUGGACAGAUUGAGUGUGACCUAUGUGGCCACCGCUGCAUGACCCAGGAGGGCCUCGACCUCCAUCGUUUAUCCCACACGGGCCAGACCCCUCUUAAAUGUCCUGUGAGUCCUUGCCGUCGUCGAUUUACCUCCAACAGUGCCCUGGAGCAGCACGUGCUGGCCCACUUCCAGGGGAAGCUGGGCAGGUCCAAAAAUCGACCCCGCUUCCGCUGUCAAAUUUGCCACAAGGAUUUUGCCUACAACUCCACCUUCAAUGUUCACAUGAGGACGCACACUGAUGAGAGGCCCUUUGAGUGCGCCACCUGUGGAAAGCGCUUUCGCCAGCUGCCCCACCUGCAGGACCAUGAGCGCAUCCACAGCGGCCUGCGGCCUUUCUGCUGCUGGAUUUGCGGCAAGAGUUUCAGCGUUGCCGCCCGGCUCACCGAACAUGCCCGCACCCACAGUGGGGAGAAGCCCUACCCCUGUUCCCACUGCCCUGCUGCCUUCCGCUCCCGCUCCAACCUGGACAAACACAUCCGACUACACGGAGACCUGCCUCUGGAGGAAGCUGCACAGGCGGCACAAGCAGCAGAGGCUGCACAAGUCCAGAAGGUGUUGGAGGGGGCUAAGGUGCUGUCUUCUCUUGCCACUACAGGAGAGAUGGAUCCUGGAACAGUGCAGACCAUCUAUGUACUGCAGGGGGCUGAAGGAGGCACUGAGACGGUUAUGAUCCCCUCUGAUCAGCUAAGCGGCAUAGAUGGCGCCUCACAGGUUGUCAUCCUGCCAUCUUCUGUUCUCGGAGCUCAGGGAAUUACUGUUCCCACCAUCACCAUGGAUGGAAAUGAAAUUACGAUGGUGGAGACGAGCCAUUCACCUCAGCAUGCUAUUGAGUUCAUAGUGGAGGAGACUGUAUAAAGGAACAUUUGAACCAUUUAGGAAAGACCAAAAAAGUAGAAAAGGAAAGAAAGAUUGGCUGAGAAUAUAAAUACUGUUGAUUGAGUGAAGUUUGAUAAUUGAAGGACAUUUAUUAUUUACCAGGAAAGGUAUAUAGUUUGAUAGGUAAGUCCCAGACUGUGUAGAAAUAAAAGUUACUGUAAAGCAGUGUUGAUUCAGUGUCAAAUAUUGAAUUAAAGGUUGAUACACAGAUGAAACCCUCAAGAGAGCAGAAUGUUCCUUUAAUUGGUUUUUCAAACUGAUUAAAAACAGGUUGUAAAAUUGCCCCUGAAUAGUAUACAGAGCAGCAUUUACAGCCUCAAUUUAUUAGGGGAGCACCAGUGGUGGCCCAUGAAAUGUCUUCUGCUGUCUUUAUAAUAAAACGCUUCAGCUUU